AUUAAUGUUGUGCCUAAUUUUGUUUCUUGCAAACUAACAUGAUUAUGUUCUUUUGACAAUUAUCAGGUUUACCUCGAGGAAUGGUGGUUCGUCAUAGCAGCACUCAGCUUACCCACCCAACUGUACGACCAGUCAAUGCAGUUGAGAGACAGAAUAUAAGUGAAUUUGGACAGUAUGUGGCUGAGUGUAUGCCAAAGUACAUUCAGAAGGUUCAAAUCUCAGCUGGGAAUGAGCUAGAAUUGUUAAUUGCACCAGAAGGAGUUAUCCCAGUAUUAACAUUUCUGAAAGAUCACACCAAUGCCCAGUAUACUAGCAUUUCGGAUCUGUGUGGGGUAGAUUACCCAGCAAAAGCAUUUCGAUUUGAGGUGGUUUACAACCUUUUGUCACUGCGUUACAACUCAAGAAUUCGUGUGAGAACUUACGCUGAUGAACUUUCACCGGUUGAUAGCGCUUGUGAAGUAUACCAAGGAGCAAACUGGUAUGAGCGUGAAGCAUGGGACAUGUAUGGCAUCUUCUUUGCCAAUCAUCCAGAUCUUAGAAGAAUUCUUACUGAUUAUGGUUUUGAGGGUCAUCCUCUCAGAAAGGACUUCCCUCUCUCAGGUUAUGUUGAAGUUCGCUAUGAUGAUGAGGUAAAGCGAGUUGUGGUAGAACCCUUGGAACUGGCUCAGGAAUUCAGAAAGUUUGACCUUAAUGCACCCUGGGAACAGUUCCCUAACUUCAGAGCUGCUGCAGAAGAAGUGCCCAUUAAAGAGGAGAAGUAAUUUCAUAAACAGAAAUUUUUCAGCUCCAUAUAAAUCUAGCAUGUUUCAGAAGAGUAUUGUAAAUAUAAAAUAAAUUACAUUCUUAAGGUA